GCUAGAGCGACCGAGCCACAAGUGGCGGCGGGCGGGGCGGAAGUGACGCUAGCGCUUCCUGUGAGUGGGCGGGGCUUGGGUCUCCUUCCUGGGAUUUCUGCCGCCCGCAUGGAAGCAAAGACUCUUGGAGUUACAACACCCAGAAAGCCUGUCUUGUCAGUCAGUGCAAGAAAAAUUAAGGACAAUGCAGCUGACUGGCACAAUUUAAUCCUGAAAUGGGAAACCCUCAGUGAUGCAGGUUUUACCACCGCAAAUAACAUUGCCAACUUGAAAAUCAGUUUAUUGAGUAAAGACAAGAUAGAAUUAAAUAGCAGCAGCCCAGCUUCCAAUGGAAAUGAAGAAAAGAUGUAUCCACAAUAUGAUAAGGAGCUUGAGGUGCUAUGUGAGGAACUACAGACCACCUUGGAUGGUUUGACCAAAAUACUGGUGAAAAUGGAAAAGCUGUCUUCAACUACCAAGGGAAUUUGUGAACUAGAAAAUUACCAUUAUGGGGAGGAGAGUGCUCGGCCCCCUUUGUUUCACACAUGGCCUACAACCCACUUCUAUGAGGUUUCCCUCCAGCUCUCAGACAUGUACAGGCAGGAGCUGCUCCUGAAGCGCACUGUGGGUGCAGAGCUGGCGCACACGGUGGACCGGGACCUCAUCCUGAGCUACCUGUCAAUGUGGCUGCACCAGCCCUACGUGGAGAGCAGCAGCAAGCUGCAUCUGGAGAGCAUGCUGCUGGAGACAGGGCACCGGGCCCUGUGACCUUCCCACUCAGCUUGGCUCCAGACCACUGACGUCUUCCCUGUCUCCCAGUGGGUGGGACCUGGUGUUGUACCCAGGACCAGAGCCUUCUCUCUGGCCUGGCUACCCACCAGCCUUCGUGGGGUUCUGGACCUAUGGCAGCUUCUGUAGCCUCUCCAGGGGUGCUCACCCCUUCUGCGGCCACCCUUCCCUUCUGCCUCAUCUACCCAUCAUUCCUGACCUGAUGAGUUCCUGAGCAGAGUGACUGAGGGGUCCGGUUUUUGUGAGUUAAGUAUACUUUACAGGUCACUCACCUUGAUGUAGAAAACCCCUCAUUACAUAUUUUUACUUUAUACCUAUCUGUAUUUAGAUUUUUAUGAGCACGUCAACUGGGUAAAGUUUGGCAUCAUGGAAAUGAAAACUGCCAACAAAAACACAGCCAUGGUCUGCAUGUUCAAGGAUGGGACAGGCCAGUAAGAAGUCCUCUGAUCCCAAACCAUGGGACUGUGUAUGCUGUGGAAUUGAAUAAAUGUUUAAUUGUGGUGUUGU